AUGAAGUGGUGUCUCGCUAGGUUUCCACACAGCAACAGCGGCCCCCACCAGAUUCUGGCGUCCGACUACGAAUCCGAUGCGGCACACCACAUGGAGGCGCGCGAGCAGCCCCGCACCCUCCACGUCCCGACGCGCUCCAACACGGGCCUCAACAUGAGCGUGUUGGGACGCUACCUGCCCGGCAUACGCGGGAUCCUGUAUAUCGCGGCCAACGCGGUGGUGUACGUCUUCUCGGAAGCGACACAGGGCUGGGACAAGCACGGCGUCGAGAGAACAAUGUUUGUGUGUGAGCAGAACCCGUUCGUGGCGUCCAACGGGCAGGGGCUACCGCUGGUGUCCAUGUUCGUGCUCAAUCGGCGCGGCAUGGACAACGCGGUCGGCGAGCUGCUCAUUUUUCGGCUCGAGAACAACGACAGCUCUGGCAGCUCCGGCAGCUCUGACGGCGGCGGCGGGUCCGCUGAGAAGUGCGUCAUUGGCAUCUGGAUCCGCGCCGAUGAGGACGACACCCGCGAGGCCAACAACACCAUCAUCCGCGGCGCCUGGCAGCAGGCCCGCCUGGCCCUCGACUCGUUCCUCGAGGCCACCACCGCCGAGCACUUGGCAAACGAGCGCUUGGGAGAUAGAAAUCACGGCGCAGCCGUCUCAGAGUCUAGCGCAGAUACGCCUGGUAGCAGUAAUUUGGUGGUGGGGACGCGGCUGAGCAUAUCAGACGGGUGA